AUGGCGGCGUCCUUGCUGUGUUCUGUGUUUCGUAGUGCCCGGCAGUGGCUCUCUCCAACAUUCACAAACCAAGUGAGAAGUAAUCAUGUAGACUGGCGAAUGUGGAGAGAUGUGAAGAGGAGGAAUGUCAUGUAUGAAUAUGCCGAUGAAAGAUUAAGGAUCAAUGCUUUGAGGAAAAACCAGAUCUUGCCCAAGGAUCUUCAGGAUAUAGCAGAUAAGGAGAUUGCCACACUGCCCAGGGAUAGCUGUCCAGUGAGAAUUCGGAACCGCUGCGUUUUCACCUCACGUGCUCGUGGUGUUAAGAGGCGUUGGCGAAUGAGCAGAAUAGUAUUCCGCCACUUUGCAGACCACAAUAUGAUUUCUGGUGUGCAGAGGGCCAUGUGGUAA